AUGACUGGUCGUGCCCGAGCAAGGUCAAGGGGGAGAGCACGUGGCCAGGAGACGGCCGCGCCUGGAGUGAAGCCAAAAAUUAGCCAAGCUAGCGAGUUGGAACCACCAGCUCCUCCUCCUGCAGAAGGGGAGCUGGUUGGUAGAGGCAGACAGAAAGGAGCUCCAGGACCCUAUACUGGUAAAGCUGUUUUACAGAUUUCGGCUGGAUUUCAGCAUGUGAAACUGGGAGAAAGAGGUGGACAUCAUCGGGAUAUUCAUGAUGCAGGAAUUAAUACCAGACAGGGGAUGGAGCAUGUGAAAGACUCGAAGUCUGGAACAUCUGGUUCGGUCAUUAAGUUGAAGGCAAACUACUUCCGCAUCAUUUCACACCCUCAGUGGAUUCUGUAUCAGUAUCAUGUGGACUUCAACCCACCAAUGGAAUCGCGACGCCUGAAGAGUGCCCUCCUCUUCCAGCAUUCUGAGAUACUGGGCCCAGCACGGAGCUUUGAUGGGGCCAUGCUUUUUCUGCCUCUCAGAUUACACCAGAAGGAGACUGUGCUUCACAGUGAAACCAGAAAUGGUGAGAAAGUUAAGAUAACUGUUGUCCUGACAAAUGAGCUUCCACCUUCAUCACCAGUGUGCAUUCAGUUUUACAACAUAAUAUUCAAAAAAGUCCUGAAAAUGCUCAACAUGCAGCAGAUUGGACGCAAUUUCUACAACCCUGAUGAUCCACUCAACGUUCCACAGCACAAACUAACCAUCUGGCCCGGCUUUUCCACCACCAUCUUGCAUUAUGAGUCAUCCAUCAUGAUGUGCACUGACGUGAGCCACAAGGUGCUGCGCAAUGAGACAGUGCUUGACUAUAUGUACAACCUGAGGGAGCGGCAUGGAAGUCAAAGAUUCCCUGAGUAUUGUACCAAGGACCUUGUCGGGCUCAUCGUACUCACAAAGUACAACAACAAAACGUACCGGAUUGAUGAUAUUCAAUGGGAUCACACUCCCAGCAAUACAUUCAAGAAGGGAGACAAGGACACUACCUUCAGGGACUACUACAAGAAUCAAUAUGGCUUGGACAUCAAAGAUGGGAGCCAGGCGCUGCUGGUGAGCAAUGUGAAGAGGAAGGGUUCCACUCUAGGCCCAGCCAUGCUCAUCCCAGAGUUGUGCUACUUCACAGGCUUGACAGACAAGAUGCGAUCUGACAUGGUUCUGAUGAGGGACUUGAGUACUCACACCAGACUAAAUCCAGAGCACAGGGAGAAACGUCUCAGCAGCUUUGUCACUAAAAUAGAGCAGAAUCCACAGGCACGGGGCGAGUUGGAUAAGUGGGGUCUCAAGUUUGAAAACCAUCUUCUAAGUCUGGAUGGCAGACUCCUCACAGGAGAGAGAAUUGUCCUAGGAGGACGGGCGGUUGACUACAACCCUGCAACAGCCGAUUGGUCCAGGGAGAUGCGCGGGAUACCUGUGGUGAAUUGUCCUGCACUCAAAAACUGGCUGAUGUUCUACACCCGCCGUAACACCAAGGAAUCGCAGUCCCUCCUGGAAACCCUUGGCAAAGUCGCAGGCCCCUUUAAUAUUCGGCUCCAGAGAGGUGUCAUGAUCGAGUACGAAGAUCAUCAAGAAGCUCUUCUCGAGGCCCUGAAGUACAACAUUGGACCAGAAACACAAAUGGUGGUGGUUGUCUUGCCCACGAACAGGAAGGACAAGUAUGACACUAUGAAGAAGUUCCUUUGCGUGGAUUGUCCCACGCCGAGCCAGUGCGUGGUGGCCCGUACCAUCUCCCGUCCUCAGGGGCUCAUGACUGUGGCAACCAAGAUUUUACUGCAAAUAGCUUGCAAAAUAGGAGGGGAGCUCUGGUCCGUGGAAAUCCCUCUUAAAAUGCUGAUGAUUGUGGGCAUUGACUGCUACCAUGACACCGCUGGAGGAAAAAGGUCCAUUGGCGCCCUAGUGGCCAGCCUCAACAACUCAAUGACCAGAUGGUACUCGAAGUGUGUCCUGCAGCACAAAGGUCAAGAAAUCAUGGAUGGACUGAAGAUGGCCUUAAGUGGAGCACUGAAAGACUACCUGAAGUUCAACGAACACUUGCCUUCACGCAUCAUUGUGUUCCGCGACGGCGUUGGAGACGGCCAGCUGCACAGUGUGGUCAACUAUGAGGUCGCACAAAUCCUCUCAACAAUCAAAUCCAUGGGACCAGACUACAACCCCAAGUUGAGUGUGGUUGUGGUGACGAAGCGCAUCAGUGCCCGGUUUUUCACUCAGAUUGGUGGAAAAAUAACCAACCCUCCUCCAGGCACUGUCAUUGACACAGAGGUCACGCGUCCAGAGUGGUAUGAUUUCUACAUUGUGAGCCAGGCUGUCAGGUUUGGAAGUGUCGCACCAACCCACUACAAUGUGGUGUACGAUACCAGUGGACUGAAGCCCGACCACAUGCAGCGGCUCACCUACAAGAUGUGCCACAUGUACUACAACUGGCAGGGGAUUAUCAGAGUGCCUGCUCCCUGUCAGUACGCCCACAAGCUGGCUUUCCUUGUCGGGCAGAACCUUCACAAGGUGCCCCAUGUCCAACUGGACAACUUCCUCUUCUACCUUUGAGGGAUAAAAGGUUCAGAUUUGUGAUGUUUGUACUUUGGUGGUGUGUGUCCCCAUCCCAUAUUUGACUGCACGAUUGUUUUAAUAGCAGCAUUUUGUUUUUCUAUAGAAGUUAAGGGAUGUAAGAGAAAACGUGCAUAAAAAGACGCAAUGAAAAAUGAAUGCAAGAAAAUACCAGAGCUUGGUUUGAAGUUAAUGCCUUUUGAAAUGUCAGAUGAAGCUUUAUUGGUGAGUUGCCAUUGUUUUCCACCUAAGUUGCUGGGGGUUGACAAUAUUUAGGAAAAAUAUUAAAUUUUCUUUGUUUUUCUCCCAUAUGGGACUCUUAAAUUGUUGUUAACGUGAGCCUCUUUGAUUUGUUUUGAGUACCUGCUGUCCAACAGUAAAAACCC